GCAGUUUUACCGGAAAUCUCACCGUUAGGUUGAUCGGUGAUUUGACUGCAUUAGAUCCGGUUAAGCUAACUUUCCGCGAGAAAAAGGUGAAUUGUAAUCGAUUUGGGUGGGUGUUCUACCCAAGAUGUCCUUUCCUCCGCAUCUCAACCGGCCACAAAUAGGCAUCCCUGCGAUGCCGCCAGGCAUCCCACCACCACAGUUCGCUGGAUUUCCUCCUUCAAUGCCACCAGGAGCGCCAAUGAUCCCAGUUCACAUGGGUAUCAUGACCCCAACCCCCACGGUGCUCGUGCCCACGUCAGUGCCAGUGGUCAGCAAGGUAGCUGCCCCAAGGAAGGAGGCUCCGGCUGCUCAUGCCAAGGAGAGUGAUGAGAGCAGCGGGCCCACCACGACAGUGUUUGUAGGGAACAUUUCGGAGAAGGCCUCGGACAUGCUCAUCAGGCAGCUGCUGUCGAAAUGCGGCUUGGUCUUAAGCUGGAAACGAGUUCAGGGGGCAUCAGGAAAACUACAAGCAUUUGGGUUCUGCGAGUACAAGGAGCCCGAGUCGACCCUGCGGGCCUUGCGGCUGCUGCACGAGCUCCAGGUCGGCGAGAAGAAGCUGCUGGUGAAGGUGGACGCCAAGACCAAAGCCCAGCUGGAUGAGUGGAAAGCCAAGAAAAGGAGCUCCAACGGGAACGAUAAGGCCGAGGAGGGGGGUGAGGAUGAGGAGGAGGUCUUGGAUGAAGAAACCCAAAAACGGGACCAGAUAGUGAAGGGUGCAAUCGAUGGCCUGAUCCGCGAGUAUUCUAACGAGCUCAACGCCCCCUCUCAGGACGACGAGUCGAACCGCCGCAAGAAGAAGAAGGAGAAAAAAGAAGAGGAGGACAUUAACGCCAUAGAAAUGGAAGAGGACAAAAGAGAUUUGAUCUCCAGGGAGAUCAACAAAUUCCGCGACACCCACAAGAAGCUGGAGGAGGAGAAGGGCAAGAGGGAGAAGGAGCGACAGGAGCUGGAGCGCGAGCGGCGCGAGCGGGACAAGGAGCGCGAGCGGGAGCGUGAGAGGAGGGAGCGCGAGCGGGAGAAGGACCGCGAGCGUGAGAGGGAGCGGGAGCGCGAGAGGGAGCGCGAGAGGGAGCGGGAGCGUGAGAGGGAGCGGGAGCGCACCAAGGAGCGCGAGAGGGAGCGUGAGUGGGACAGGAGCAGAGACCACAGCGAAGACCGCAGCAGGUCCAGAGAACAAAGCCGCGAUCGAGACCGAGACAAGGAAAAGAAGCGGGACCGUGAGGAAGAUGAGGAGGAAGCCUACGAGCGGCGUAAGCUGGAGAGGAAGCUCAGAGAAAAGGAAGCAGCCUAUCAGGAGCGGCUGAAGAACUGGGAGCUGAGGGAGAGGAAGAAGGCGAGAGACUACGCUAAGGAGGCGGAGAGAGAGGAGGAGCGACGGAGAGAGACGGCUAAAGAAGGCAAACGAUUAAAAGAGUUCCUGGAGGACUAUGAUGAUGACCGAGAUGACCCUAAAUAUUACAAGGGCAGCGCACUGCAGAAGCGUCUGCGAGACAGAGAGAAGGAGAUGGAGCUGGACGAGAGAGACAGGAAGCGAGAGAAGGAGGAGCUGGAGGAGAUCCGGCAGCGUCUCCUGGCUGAGGGCCAUCCCGAUCCGGACGCUGAGCUACGCAGGAUGGAGGAGGAGGCGGAGCGCUUGCGGCAGCCCCCCGUGAAACCGGAGCCUGGCGGGGAGCGGGAGAGGGAGCGCAAGCCCUCGCGGGAGGAGCGUGAGCGCGAGCGUGAGCGCGAACGCGAGCGCGAGCGUGGCAGGGAACGCGAGCGCCGCCGGCCAGUACAGGACACCCGGGCCCCGUCCCAGUCAGACGAGGACGUGGAGGAUGGCGAGGAGGUGGAGGACGAGGAGGACUUGAAGCCCUGCCUCAAACCCACCAUGAGGCCCAUCAUGGCAGCCCCGUCGGUGUCGUCAACCAGCGGCAACGCCACUCCCAACACGCCGCGGGAGGAGUCGCCCUGUGGCAUCAUCAUCCCGCACGAGAACUCGCCUGCAGAGACACAGCCCCAGGAGGAGCACAGACCCAAGAUUGGCCUCAGCCUCAAACUAGGUGCCACAGGCAGCCCUGGGCAGCCAAACGUGGGCAAGCGCAAGAAACUGGCCGUAGAGAGCGUCUUCAACCGCUUCGACGACGACGAGGUAGACGAGGUGCCCCGCAAGAGAAAGCUGGUGCCCUUGGACUACGAGGACGAAGACAAGAGCAGCGGGGUAGGGGAUGGCGUCGGCGCAGCUGGGGGCAAAGGGGCCAACACAGAGGAGAAACGCAAACACAUCAAGAGCCUGAUUGAGAAGAUUCCCACCGCCAAACCUGAGCUCUUCAACUACCCGCUGGACUGGUCUGUCGUCGACACGACUCUUAUGGAGAAACGCAUUCGCCCAUGGAUCAAUAAGAAGAUUGUGGAGUACAUCGGUGAGGAGGAGGCCACGCUAGUUGACUUUGUUUGCUCGAAGGUAAUGGCUCACAGUACACCACAAGGCAUCUUGGAUGAUGUUGCUAUGGUGUUAGAUGAAGAAGCAGAAGUCUUCAUUGUGAAGAUGUGGAGGUUAUUGAUUUAUGAAACUGAGGCCAAGAAGAUCGGACUCGGCAAGUGAACGAGCACUCGGAGGAUCAAAUCUGGUCCUGACUUCCUGUUUUAUCAGUUCCCUUCCUGAAGAGAAAAACACAUGCACGACUUGGGGGGAAACUCGACAUUUACAAAACCUUUGACCCAGAAAGUUGAUCUUUUCAGCAAUUCCAUGUUAAAUUUUUUUUGUUUGUUUUUGUUUUCUCUCCAUCAUCCUGUGACUGCAGUGACUGUAUUAAGUUAGUGAGCACUGGAUCUAAAGUCUAGCUACUCUUUCACCACUGAAGAAGUUGGUGAGCGAUAUUCCUCAGGGCUCAUCUGCUAAGUGGACCUUCUUCAGUGUAGCCUCAUCAUACCUGCUUAGAGUAGAUCUGAUGUCUCGAUCAAUACCAUAUUAUUGUAGACUCACACUGUAAUAUUUGCCAAUCAAGUCUGGGUUUCAAUUUGAUUUUAAUUUUGUUUUGGUAUCCAAGUUGAGUUGCACCAAAGAGUUUAUCCCCAAAUGUCUCAUGGUGGCAUCUUUCCACUACAACAGUAUGUUGAAUGAAUUGAACCCAACAAUGUUCUGGAAGUCUGGUGAAACUGAUCUUGAUUUGUGCAAACAUUAAAACAGUGGUCUCUGUUUUUGUA